GAGCUGCAGUGGUGUCGGUCAUCAGUGUCCAUAUGGUGCUACUCGGUUUUAUUGUCGUUGCGUUUUCAGAGACAAAGUCUCCUACUGAUGCUGUUGAACGGAAGCACGAUUUUUCCUACUAUAGUAGGCACUAUAUUAACAUUCCUCAAGUAUUCACUGCAUUUUACUAUGCAAAGCAAAUAAUGGUCGAUUUCUUAAAAUUUUGUAUUUUAAUUUGA